AUGCUGAUGUUAAGGUUGGCUAGCUCGGGGGCUGCCGCUGAAAAUGAUGUGUCGGCAGGAGAAAACCUUUUCGAGCUGGACACUCUGAACGCGCAAUGCCACAAACCUACCUCGCCGACGACGUCCGCAUCCUUUACACCCGUCGCAGGCCCGCCUCCUGCGGUAACCUCGGAAAAUUUUUGGCCGCCACCUCCACCUCCUGAAGUAACCUCGGAAAACUUUUGGCCACCUCCUCCGUCUCAUGCUGUAACCUCAGAAGAUUUUUGGCUGCCUCCUCCGCCUCUUGCAGUAACUUCGGAAAACUUUUGGCCACCUCCUCCGUCUCAUGCUGUAACCUCAGAAGAUUUUUGGCUGCCUCCUCCGCCUCUUGCAGUAACUUCGGAAAACUUUUGGCCACCUCCUCCGUCUUAUGCUGUAACCUCAGAACAUUUUUGGCUGCCUCCUCCGCCUCCUGCUGUAACCUCGGAAAAUUUUUGGCCGCCUCCUCCGCCGCCACCGAUGACGACCGGCACGGCAGCGUUCCGCCGUUACCCUGCUGUGCAGAAGCCGUGUGCAUCCGUGCGUGGAGCCGAGGGGAAAAAAUUGCAAACUUACUGCCGUGUGUUCGUAACGGAGCUGAGGAGAGUUUGA